AUGGCCUUCAGCUUGGAGCCAGCCGGCCAGCCAAACCGCAGCAUGUGUGAGCUCGGAGGGCCUUCUCACUCGACAAUCUACAAAGAUGGUCAGUACCAAUCAUCUGAUAAAAGCGACUAUGAGCCCCCAGAGGGAGAUGCCGGCCAAUCAGAUACUUACCUUCUGCCCUCCGAAAUCCUGGGGAGCAGCAGUCUGAGCAAGGAGAACCCCGAAGAGAGCGUGACCACGGCCCCUCUGAAUCCAGUGCAGUCUGGGGAUGAGCUUCGCGAGCCGGAGUUGGAAGGAACCGGCCCGUUCGCGCCUCAAGACCCGGCGGCUGUGUCUACGCUGCUUCCGCUUCCGGAGGAGCCGGGCAGCAGGCACGCCUUCCCCGCCAGGAAUAAGCCGCCUUCGCUCAAGCAGGUGAACCUGGCCAGGAAGCAGCGGAGGCCGAAGGCCACCCCCGCAGCGGCCACGCAGAGGCCCGCGUCCCCGGGCCCGGGUCUCCUGGCCUCCGCCCCGGGGAAGCCCCGCCCACCCGGUGACCAGGACCGCGUGGCCUCCGCAGGGGAGGAGACCCGCCCGCUCUCUCUGUCCUCCGAGGAGCCCCUCUGGCUGGAGCGGAAGGAAGGCACGGUCCCCACGACCCCCGCGCCCCUGCAGAUUGCCCCCUUCACCUCGCAGCCGCUGGUGGCCCACACGCUCCCCCAGAGCCCCGACCCCGGGGCGCCCGCCGUGCCGGAGGAGGCCCUGGAGGCUCCCCUCGAGGAUGCAAGCCCCGGGACGCUGACGGACAAAGGCGAGACCGAGCUGACCGGGUCAGCCUCAGAGGAGAGCCAGGAGACCACCACGUCCACCAUCAUCACCACCACGGUCAUCACCACCGAGCAGGCCCCAGCUGUCUGCAGUGUGAGCUUCUCUGAUCCUGAAGGGUACAUCGACUCCAGUGAUUACCCGCCGCUGCCCCUCCACAACUUCCUGGAGUGCACGUACAACGCGACAGUCUACACGGGCUAUGGGGUGGAGCUCCAGGUGAAGAGUGUGAAUCUGUCCGAGGGGGAGCUGCUCUCCAUCCGAGGGGUAGACGGCCCCUCCCUGACCGUCCUGGCCAACCACACGCUCCUGGUCGAGGGCCAGGUGAUCCGCAGCCCCACCAACACCAUCUCUGUGUACUUCCGCACCUUCCAGGACGACGGCCUCGGGACCUUCCAGCUGCACUACCAGGCCUUCAUGCUAAGCUGCAGCUUCCCCCGCCGGCCUGACUUCGGGGACGUCACGGUGAUGGACCUGCACUCAGGCGGGGAGGCUCACUUCCACUGCCACCUGGGCUACGAGCUCCAGGGUGCCAAGACUCUGACGUGCAUCAAUGCCUCCAAGCCCCACUGGAGCAGCCAGGAGCCCAUCUGCUCAGCCCCUUGUGGAGGGGCUGUGCACAACGCCACCAUCGGCCGCGUCCUGUCCCCAAGUCACUCUGCAAAUGCCAGUGGGAGCCAGUUCUGCGUGUGGACGAUCGAAGCUCCAGAGGGCCAGAAGCUGCACCUGCACUUUGAGAGGCUGGCACUGCACGAGAAGGACAGGAUGAUGGUUUACAGCGGGUUGACCAACAAGUCCACUCUUCUCUACGACUCCUUCCAAACCGAGAAUGUCCCCUUCGAGGGCCUGCUGAGCGAUGGCCACACCAUCCGCAUCGAAUUCACGUCCCACCAGCCGCCGGCGGCCUCAGCCUUCAACAUCCGGUUUGAGGCCUUUGAGAAAGGCCACUGCUACGAGCCCUACAUUCAGAACGGGAACUUCACCACGUCCGACCCGACCUAUAGCAUCGGGACCAUAGUGGAGUUUACCUGCGACCCCGGCCACUCUCUGGAGCAGGGCCCGGCCAUCAUUGAGUGCAUCAACGUGCGAGACCCGUAUUGGAACGACACGGAGCCCCUGUGCAGAGCCAUGUGUGGUGGGGAGCUCUCUGCUGUGGCCGGGGUGGUGCUGUCACCAAACUGGCCGGAGCCCUACGUGGAAGGUGAAGACUGUAUCUGGAAGAUCCAUGUCGGCGAGGAGAAGCGGAUCUUCUUAGACAUCCAGUUCCUGAACCUCAGCAAUAGUGACAUCCUGACCAUCUACGACGGUGACGAGGUUAUGCCCCACAUCUUGGGACAGUACCUGGGAAACAGCGGCCCCCAGAAGCUGUACUCGUCCACGCCGGACCUAACCAUCCAAUUCCACUCGGACCCCGCUGGGCUCAUCUUUGGGAAGGGCCAGGGAUUCAUCAUGAACUACAUCGAGGUGUCAAGGAACGACUCCUGCUCUGAUUUGCCCGAGAUCCAGAACGGCUGGAAAACCACUUCUCAUACGGAGCUCGUGAGGGGGGCCCGAAUCACCUACCAGUGUGACCCCGGCUACGACAUCGUGGGGAGUGAUACCCUCACCUGCCAGUGGGACCUCAGCUGGAGCAGCGACCCCCCAUUCUGCGAGAAAAUCAUGUACUGCACCGACCCCGGGGAAGUGGACCACUCGACCCGCUUGAUUUCGGACCCCGUGCUGCUGGUGGGCACCACCAUCCAGUACACCUGCAACCCGGGCUUCGUGCUGGAAGGGAGCUCCCUCCUGACCUGCUACAGCCGUGAGACCGGCAGCCCCAUCUGGACCUCUCGCCUGCCCCACUGUGUCUCGGAGGAGUCCCUGGCCUGUGACAACCCAGGGUUACCGGAGAACGGGUACCAAAUCCUCUACAAACGGCUCUACUUGCCUGGAGAGUCCCUCACCUUCAUGUGCUACGAGGGCUUCGAGCUGACGGGCGAAGUGACCAUCCGCUGCAUCCUGGGACAGCCGUCCCACUGGAGCGGGCCGCUGCCCGUCUGCAAAGUUAAUCAAGACAGCUUUGAACACGCCUUAGAAGUAGCAGAAGCGGCAGCAGAGACAUCUCUGGAAGGAGGAAACAUGGCUCUGGCUAUCUUCAUCCCCGUCCUCAUCAUCUCCUUACUGCUGGGAGGAGCCUACAUUUACAUCACCAGGUGCCGCUCCUACUCCAACCUCCGCCUGCCUCUGAUGUAUUCCCACCCCUACAGCCAGAUCACCGUGGAGACCGAGUUCGACAACCCCAUCUACGAGACGGGGGAAACCAGAGAGUAUGAAGUUUCCAUCUAG